CCAUCAGCUGUUGGCCCUUCCUAAGCAGGACACAAACAGCUAUAUCGGGUUUACAGUGCGUGGCAUUGGUGAAACAGUUCCCUGUGCCCAUGGUUUACCCAGUUUUUACCGGUGUGAAUCUGCGCCCAUCAGUGCAAUAAGAAGACGAAGAAGUCAAUUCCCUUUUUCUGCUUUCGGGCAUCACUACCCCCAUCGAAGGGAGCAGGCGAUCGGUUGUCCGAAUCCCUGCCGUCAUCAUUUUUUAGCGUGAAAUUGCUUGGAAACAGCAGCAGCAGCAGUAGAGUGAAUUUUAGAAACAUUUACCCCUUCCGGAGCCGGAUAUAUCGGGCAGUAACGCGGGCAGUGUCGUCCAACUAAUUUCGCCAAAACCGUCGUCGAUCGGCGGUGGUGCCAAUGUGUUGUAACCGGCGAACAGUAAAUAGUUCAGUGCAUCUAGUUUGGUUUCACUUAUGAUGGUUUAACGCGGCUUAGCCCACCUAGCCCCCACGUCCGUAGUGUCGCACCGUGCACCCGUGUAGUAGUUGCAGUUUAUUUAGGUUGCAACCUUUUCUAUUGGUUGUUAAGUUGUGUUUUUUUUUUUUUGUUGACUUUCCAUACGCGUAAAGCUAAGUUCCUCGAUAGAAGAGGAAACGUUUAGUGCAGUAUUUUGCUCGCCAAAAAAAAAAAACAAACAUCAAUCUUAGUUCGUAGAGCUCUUCAAACUCGGUCCUCCCACAGAACGGUGGAAGGACAAGGAGACAGUAAUAGGAAGGAAGCUUCUCGCUGUCGCUGGCACAAUGGCAGGCUUUUUGUCGAUGCUCAAGCAAUCGACGCUUGUACACCUUUGCUUUGCCAUUUCCUUUUUCACGUCCGGACUGAUCAUCAACUCCGUACAGUGCGUGCUCUAUCUGGGGCUGAAACCGUUCAACAAGCAUCUUUACCGAACGAUCGGUUACUACCUCUGCUAUUCGUUCUACUCCCAGCUCGUGUUUUUGGCCGACUGGUGGUCGGAUACGAAGCUGAACGUGUACAUUAGCGAUGAGGACAUGAAGUACUGUGGUACGGAGCACGUGCUGCUCCUGAUGAACCACACGUACGAGAUCGACUGGCUGCUCGGGUGGAUGUUCUGCGAGAAGGUGCGCGUGCUCGGCAACUGCAAGGCGUACGCGAAGAAAGUGAUCCAGUACAUACCGACCAUCGGCUGGGCGUGGAAGUUUGCCGAGUUUGUGUUUCUCGAGCGUUCGUUCGAGAAGGAUCGGGAAAUUAUUGGCCGUCAGAUUAACGAAAUACUGGACUACCCGGAUCCGGUGUGGCUGUUGCUGAACGCGGAAGGUACGCGCUUUACCGAGCAGAAGCACGAAGCGUCGGUAAAGUUUGCGCAGGAGAAAGGCAUGGUACCGCUGAAGCAUCAUUUGAUUCCACGCACGAAAGGUUUUACGGCCAGUUUGCCGUUUUUGCGCGAAAAGUGCCCGUCGGUGUUGGACAUCCAGUUGGCGAUUAGCAAGGAUUCGAAGGUGAAACCAACCAUUUUCAACAUCCUGAACGGUAAGCCAAUCGAGGCGCACAUGUGCGUCAGACGCUUCCCGACCGCAACGCUACCGACGCGCGAAGAGGAUGCGGCCGUCUGGUUGCAGGAUCUGUUCCGCGAGAAGGAUCGCAUGCAGGACAGCUUCCAUCGUACGGGCAGUUUCUUCACCGAUUCCGGUAUCGCCGAACGGCCCAGGCUGCAGCUACACCGUCGACCAACGACACUCGUCAAUACCGCCUUCUGGGUUGUGGCUACCCUCACGCCGAUGCUGUACUAUCUGAUGAAGCUGCUGUUUAGUGGCGAAAUUCUGUACUUUUCGAUCGGCGCCGGCAUCAUCUUUGCCUUUUACAUGCUGAUGGUGAAAGCGAUCGGUAUGUCGAAGAUUAGCAAAGCCUCAUCGUACGGUGCCGAAAAGCUGAAGAACGGUCACAGUCCCACCCACGAAACGUCGGCACCACCAGCUGCAACCGAGGCGGAUAAGGAUAAGUAAGAAGCGACAAGCUUCCCCCCGGUAUCGUCAUCAGAUUGGAGAGUAGUAGCAGCAGCAGCGGCAGUAGUAGUUGUGGCCACAAAACUAUUUACACCACCACCAACACCCCCCCACCCCCCACCCGCUGAUAUGGCUGGAUAUGUUUAGCGCUUCGCGUGAUGGGGUUUGUCCCAUCAUCCGGCUCUCAGCAGCGCAAUUUUGUCGUACUAGAAUUAGUGUGCGGAAAAGGCAGAGUAGGCUUUGGUCGGUGCAUGACAGUAGAAGAAAUUUAAAGGUACGUAGCACGCUACAAGUCUGUGUGUGUGUGUGUGAUGAUGUGAAAUGCAGGGAAAAGUCUUUUUUGUACAUGCGAUAGAAGAUGCGAUAUACAUAUACACACGACCGAUGGUUAUAUACACACGCACCGAUUUGUUGAAAUUGUGUGGCGCACAAAAGAGAGAGAGAGAGAGAGAGGAUACACACACUGUACAGAACGAGCGCGGGAUGCUCCGGAGCAAAGAGUGCCAAAAACCAAACUACCCUGCUGUUAGCAAAACCUGUGGGCAAAACUACUAAUUAGGGAGAAGCGAAAGUGCCGCAAACGCUAGACAGACAGACAGACCAUUUUGAGGCCACGAGCAGCAGCAGCAGCAGCAGCAGCUAUUGGACAGAGAGGGAGGGAAUAUAUAAGCUAUUUUAUAACAGUUUAUUUAUUGGGUCCAAGACCCAGGUAAAACAAUGUCUGUGCAGCAGCGCAGAACUACCACCUACCUAAUAAAAAAAAAAAACACACACACAAAAAAGAGGAGAGAACACACACGCACACGAGACAAAACCAAGUAAAAAAGCGUAAGAAAAAGUACAUUUUGAGAGGAUGAAUGUUGUUGUUUUAGCUGGGCUGGAAAAAGGAUAAAGGAUAGGCAGGACACACCGACAGGAUGAAGCGAUGGAUGGUUAAGUGAGCUUUUUUUUUGCGCCAGUAGUAGAACCUUGCAUUAGUUGGAAGUUUGGUAGUAAUUUUUUGUUUUCCAAUCAUUUUUCUUCUAAUUUGAAUUCAAUUUUUUCCUUUUUUAAAGAGGAAUUUUUACAUUAAGAGAAUUUGGUUGCAUGUAAAAUUGAACUUGAAUUAACGUUUUGGGUUGUUGUGCUAAUGCUAAGCCCGAACGAGCUUUAUAAAGCCAUCAGAAGGGCCAGAGCCAGAUUAUGCUCGGGCAAACCCUAUCAGGCUUCCAUACUCACAUCAUAAGUCGCCGGAAUUUCCGGUUUGAUAGCAUAUGCUUCCCGUUUUUUUGUUUCUUUGUUUGAAUUAAACCAUUUCCCAUUUUAUCUUCCAUUAAAAGGAUAAGCCUCCAUUACGGUGAUGUGUGCGCAUGCAUUCGGUACGAAGCAAAGGAAAGACUUAAACCGUAUGGUAGAGGCCAAAUUUAAGCGCAAAGCGGUAGCGAUAUUUCGCAACCGAAACCCUUUUUACUUCCAGUGCAUUAACAUGAUUUAUUAUAAGGAGAGGUGUUCCUUUUUCUUUUUCAAAUAACAAACAAAAGCGCUUCCUUAUUUGUUACAACCUUCUUCCAAGAGUAAACGUAACGAAGCAUCAUCUAAGCAUCUAGCUUCCUCUAAUUUCGCACAAAAUUCGUUACAAAACGCACUGGUAAUAACUGGUACGGAAUUGUUUCCCCUUUGUUUUUUUAAAUUAUGUUUAAUUGCUAGUACUUUUAAGCGAUAAUAUGUAAAGCGAAAAACAAUGUUCUUUUCAUUUCCUUUUACUAUUUAAUCCAUUUUGUUUUCUUUUGUGAGUGUGUUUAUGAAUGCUUUAGUUCUACUCUUAUGUUUUCCCUUUUUGAGUACUUCACAUGACUCUGGAUAUUGGUUUUGCGGAAUAAUGCGCACAAAAUGUUUUUUCUUUUCUUUCUGGAACAAUAAAUACAACCAACACGCGUGUGACCUGUUGGAUGAAAGAGGAAGAGAGUUAGCACGUAUGCAUGAAUGUGUGUGUGUAGGAAUGUGCAAAGAAAGACGUGAGCAAAAUUA